CAAGUUUCAGAUGAAGAUGAAGAAGCGACUGCAGGAGCUUGAGAAUCAGCUGGACGCGACCAUGAACAACGAGGUUCGCUUAAAGGCUUCGCUGCACCAGAAAGACAACGAGAUCAAAAGAAUCUCGAUGAGGUUGAAGGAAGUGGAGAGGUCUCUGAGCGAGGCUGAAGACAAGCACGCGAUGAUCCAGGGGUGGCUGACGGACGAGAUGCAAAUCAUGAGCAACAAGAUCAACCGAGCGAGCGACAGCCUCGAGCGAAAGACGCGAAGGAUGCAGCAGCUGACCUCGGACCUGGAGGAGUGCAGCUCUGCCUACGUUCGCACCCUCACGGAGCUGUCAAAGUCGCAGAGUCUGAGCAGCAGGCAUAGCUCGCCGGGCCGAAGCCCCGUGGAUGCAGCAGGGGAGAUAGGAAGCAUCGAGCAUGCGAGCCAGCAGGAUCGACUGCUGCAGCGAUCGAUGAAUGCGCGCGAAGAGAUCGAGAGCAUCCACGAGGAGAGCAAGAAGAACAUGGAGACGUUGCGGAGGGCGCAUGCUGACUUCAGAAAGAAGAUCCUGAAGGCCAUGAGCUCCUCCCCCUCCAGCCCCCUGCUGGCUCAUGCCCAAGACCGAUCAGGCAGCUCAGACGAGCAGGAAGCCGGAUGGCGAGGAUCUUGACGGCUCGUCGGGUGAAGGAAGCAGGAUGGGUCCUAGCGGCAGCGAGUUAAUAGAUGAAUUGAGAGAUG